UCACGCUGCGGCCUGGAAGACUCCCGCCCUGCCGGAGAUUCUGCCGCAGAAGAAGAGUCAGACCGGAAGCUAAACAGAGCGGCGGAGCAGCGCGCGGCGGAAGAAGACUUUGAUCUGUGUGAAAGUUAGCAACAAACAAACAGCUGCAGGCUCAUGGACUCUCCACCUGAAACGCUCACCUGGUUACCGUUGGUUACAGCAUGGAGCGCUCUGAUUGGACGGGUAACUCACUGACUGCACCGCCUCCAGAUUCCAGUCAGCAGCAGGAUGUCAGACUCCUCUGAUGAAGAUGACCAGGGGAAGGCGGAGUCUACUAGCAGGAUGUGGGCGGAGUCUCAGCCGGGUCCGUCCAGGUCUCAGCCCAGCGGACAGGGUUACUGUGGAUACUGCAGAGUCCUCUACAGCAACCUGGACCAGCACCUGUCCAGUCUCAGACACCUGGAUUCUGUCCGGGCGUCCUCCCGAGGCUCCAGCACCGUCUCCUCCACCAGCAGCAGCAGAUCUAAACUAACCUUGCUGGAGCGCUUCCUGCAGGACGUCCUGCAGCACCACCCGCACUGCUACAACGACCCCAGGCCGUCUCACGCUGACCUGCCAUCAGUCUCCGCCCCUCCGUUGCCGAGGGAGGAGCUUGAUGAACUUUGUCUCUCUGACGACGACAGCCGGUCGCUCGGCACACGUGAACACCUGCCUAGCUCUGACGCCGCCUCCUGUCAGCCGGCCAAUCAGCAGGAAGACGCCCGCAUCUGCAGCCAAUCAGGCAAGAGAGUUACAGAGGGGGCGAGUCAGGAGCGGGUGUCUACACCAAUCAGAGAGCAGGAGGAAGGACGGACCACCCCCUCAGGGCAUACACAGGCCCCGCCCCCUGUCCACAGGAAGGCCCACAGGAAGACGAACAGGAGGAAAACCAGCGAGUCCUUGUCCUCCUCACCGCCCCACAGGGGUUCAGGCCCAGGCCGCCGGCCCCCCUCAGAGCUGAGGCCCUCCCUGAGUCUGGGUCUGGGCCCUGGACCCCACCCCCCCUCGGAGCUCAGGCCCUCCCUGAGUCUAGGUCUGGGCCCUGGACCCCACCCCCCCUCAGAGCUGAGGCCCUCCCUGAGUCUGGGUCUGGGCCCUGGACCCCACCCCCCCUCGGAGCUCAGGCCCUCCCUGAGUCUAGGUCUGGGCCCUGGACCCCACCCCCCCUCAGAGCUGAGGCCCUCCCUGAGUCUGGGUCUGGGCCCUGGACCCCACCCCCCCUCAGAGCUGAGGCCCUGGCUGAGCUGGCAGAAGGAGAGGAGGGAGGCUCAUAAAGAGGAGGCCUUCUCCUCGGACCACACGGACCCUCUGGACCCUCUGGACCAGACCAUCGAGGAGGUGAUCCAGAUGUGUUAUUAUGGCGUCAGUUCCACUCCCUGCCAGCAGGAGGAGGCCGAGAGCUUCCACUUCAGCCUCCCCGUCUCCAUGGAAACACAGAGUGACGACUGGGACUCACCUGUACAGGUGGUUUUACAGCGAAGACAAACACUCAGUGACACACAGCCCUCACGCACACCUGUCCAGGUGAGCCAGAUGGAGGAGCAGGACCUCAGCUGUCUGAUGGACGUUAAGGUGGACCUGGAGGACCAGGUGUACUCGUACCAGCUUGAGUCUGCCCUCCACAGUGAGCGGCGAGCAGGGGGCGGGGCCAGGCAGGACGAGGGCUUCUGGACUCUGCCGAUAGAGGAGGUCCUGCCGGCCCCGGCGCAUAUCCCAGAAUCCUUCAGGGGGAAGACCUGGGCCCAGAUCGAACAGGAGGACGAGGAGAAGGUUGAGAAACUGGUUCGACAGUUCAGACGAGAGAGAUUCAUCUGCUACUUCGACACCGAGUCUCUGGCCAGGUACGGUAGGACAAACCAAAACAAGAAGGGGCGUGAUGAUAAAAAGGGGGCGGAGCCAGACACUGGCGUCCUGCCCUUAUUGGACUGUGAUGAACAUGACUCAGCGUACGUCAGAAGGAGGAGGAGAAAGAGGCGGGCCUUCAGGGUGGCGUCCAGGUGUCAGGUGGUGAAAGUCAGUCACAGCACUCAGACUGUUCGAUUGGUCGUCCCAGCUGUCCGUAAACCAGCUUCGGAGGCCCCGCCCACCAGCGUCCCUUCAGCCAAUCAGGAUGUAGCAGAGAGGACUCCCGAUGUGCAGACGUGGCGCUGCCUCCCUCCAUCGUACUCAAACAUCAUAACACCGCUGCAGCCUCGCACCUCUGUGGUCUACCUGCUUUGCUCCCCCGCAGGCCCCGCCCCCACCUACACACCUGCACAAGGCUCCACCCCCAAACGCUGCAGGAAGAAGAGGCGUCCGCUUGACCUGCAGGGGGUAAAGGUCAAAUACAAACGACUUCCUGUCAGGUUCUACGACCCCAGCAGGAACCGCAUCCUGAAGAACCCCCCCAAAGGGUUACUGUGGCACAGAGGCUCCACCCCCUCCAGCCCGCCGCCGCCGUGCGUCCGUCAGCUGUUCAGAAGUCUGAGUCCGGACCUGAACACCGACAGGCCGCCGGGGGAGGGGGCCGCAGGGUCCUCCAGGGUCAAAGGUCAGAGGUCAUCAGACACCGUCUUCAGCCACGGCAACAGUUUCCUCCUGAGCACGCUCAGUAGGGACUCAGCGCAGACUGACAAACGGGACACAGUCAGGAGGCGGGGCAGGACGUCUCAAGCCCCGCCCCCUCACAGCACGUCAGAGCGGGGGAGGGGGGGGAGGAGGGAAAGGACACAAAGGACACAACCCCCACCCUCCAAGAGAAGGACCAGGGCUCAUGCCAUGCCCCCGCAGCCCAGGAGAGAAAGCAUGCGACGGGCAGGACCCAGCAGGAAAGUCCCCGGCUCUACAGGCCCGCCUCACCCUCCCUCACCCCGCCAGGGGAGCGCCAGGAGGGGGCGGGGCUGCAAGAGGGGUCGAAGGUAGCAGGAUACCUGGUCAGGUAGCGGGAUACCUGUAGCAGGAUACCUGUAGCAGGAUACCUGUAGCAGGAUACCUGUUCAGGUAGCGGGAUACCUGUAGCAGGAUACCUGGUCAGGUAGCAGGAUACCUGUAGCAGGAUACCUGUAGCUGGAUACCUGGUCAGGUAGCAGGAUACCUGUAGCAGGAUACCUGUUCAGGUAGCGGGAUACCUGUAGCAGGAUACCUGUAGCGGGAUACCUGGUCAGGUAGCGGGAUACCUGUAGCAGGAUACCUGGUCAGGUAGCGGGAUACCUGUAGCAGGAUACCUGUAGCGGGAUACCUGGUCAGGUAGCGGGAUACUUGUAGCAGGAUACCUGUUCAGGUAGCGGGAUACUUGUAGCGGGAUACCUGUUCAGGUAGCGGGAUACCUGUAGCUGGAUACCUGGUCAGGUAGCGGGAUACCUGUAGCUGGAUACCUGGUCAGGUAGCAGGAUACCUGUAGCAGGAUACCUGUUCAGGUAGCGGGAUACUUGUAGCAGGAUACCUGUUCAGGUAGCGGGAUACCUGGUCUGGUAGCGAGAUACCCGGUCAGGUAGCGAGAUACCUGUAGCAGGAUACCUGUUCAGGUAGCGAGAUACCUGGUCAGGUAGCGAGAUACCUGUAGCAGGAUACCUGUUCAGGUAGCGGGAUACCUGGUCAGGUAGCAAGAUACCUGUAGCGGGAUACCUGGUCAGGUAGCAGCAUACCUGGUCAGGUAGCAGGAUACCUGUUCAGGUAGCAGGAUACACUCAAAGAACUGCUGGGUUGGUUUGACCCAACCAAGGGAGUGAAAUUAACUCUACUGCUGGAUAUUAUAAUAAUAUUACCUUCAUGCUGGAUUAUUACCUGUCUCAUUGCCCUUCUACUUUUAUAUUUAAUGAUAAUAAUAUUAAUAAUAAUAAUAAUAACACCUUUAUUUACAGGUUGGCUCUUUCACACAGCAAAUAUUUCACUAUCCGUGACCCAAAUGACCAAACAUCAGAUUUUAUAAAAAACAAUAUGCACCUCCAGAAAUAGCUAAAAGCUGCAAAGCUCUGUUGCGUUUUGCAUUUCCAGCCGACUGCUUCCUUCCUGUUUCAGGUCCCGGUCUUUAAGCCUCGGACUUCUGGAUCUGAAGUUAUUAAUGAGCCGCAUCUGGGCUCCGACCCGUUAGCUAACUCAUUAAAUGUCACAGAAUUAACAAAAAGUAACCCAACCAGCUGUGAACGAAGCCCUCGCGACCCAACAGUGCGUGUACAGAAACCGCCCGCACUUCUUUGAGCGUACCUGUCCAGGUAAUAUGAACGCCAUGUGGAAGUCUACUGAUGUCACUAAGGCAAUUAAAUCAUCUAAUCAAUCUGAUCAUUUUAAGUUUGUGUGCAAAUGAGAAAACAAGAGAUUUAAAAAGGAAAGCAGCUUUUUAUGUUACACAUGUUCAAACAUGAAAGUUGGAUUUUAUUCAGUUUUUCAUACGUGGAAAGAAAAUAAUGGAAGAUUUAAAGUGUCAGAUGUGAUGAAAAUACAAACCUGAGCUAAAUAUGCAUUCUGUUACACACCAUGAAAUACAAAAUCAUUUGAUUUUAACAUUUUUAUUUUGUCACAUAUUAAAAUAAAAGUGUGAUCUUAAGAUUUUAAUUGUUAGUUAAAGUUGAAUCUUUCACACAUCAUGAAAUCAAACAUGAAACUAAAUGAUGUCUAACAUUUUUAUCUUAAAGAGCAACGUGCACACAAAUGCAAAACGAGACCUGAAUUUGAUUAAAUGAUUUAAUGAUGCUGUUGGCAGCCUGUGUUUCUAACACUAAACACACCUGAAGCUUGUGUCGUCAGGUGAGACGGCCUCUGGUCCCUUUUCUUCAGGUGCUGUUGUUAAUAUCACAACGUUUUAUACCUUUACACUCAUGUUUAUUUAAAUAUCAAUAAGUUCAUGUUGAAUAAACAUCUUUUGUAACCUGAA